AUGCGCUCCACCUUCUACAACUACGAGGCACUAGAGAUCGUCAUCCUCACCCGAGGAAUACGCUGCUCCAACACCACCAAUUCUUCAUCAAUUGCCGCUGCAUGCACGACCGUCUUCGUGGACGACUACCGAUACGAGCGCGACAUCGUCCAGACCAAUCUCCUGGACUGGUACAGUAUCAUCUCGAUGCUGCGAGGCAGUGCGCAGGCUUAUGUCUGGGUCCGAUUGAUCUUGCUGAUCCCGUUCCAGGUCAUCGUGUACUCGAGUUUGCUGCCUGUGGCUGGGUACGUCUUAGCUCUGGUCCUCGACAGCAGCUUCAUGGACAUCUUCCUCGACUCGUAUUGGGCGUCUGUGGGGGGCGCAGUCAACUUCAAACUCGUGCCAUUUCUACAAACUACUGCCGUCCAAAUGCGCGCAGUCUGGUUGGUGGCGUUG